UCCUCCUCCCUCCGCCGCCCUUUCUCGUUCAAAAACACAAAAUUUCCCUUGCGACUCCCGCCGCCGCCGCCACCACCAGCACCUCCUGCUCCUCUCGAAUUCGAUGCUAAUACCUCUCAAACGCCUCCUCCUUCCUUCCAAAGCUCGCGCUUUUACGUCCCUCUCCCCUCUUCCUGUCCCUAUCUCCCCUUCCGACUUCGAAUCCCUCGUCCUCCGCCAGUUCCGCGCCGGAAAAUUCCACACCCUCCUCCCCUCCGUCGUAGCCGACCCCUCCGUCCUCCUCGCCGCCUGCCACAAUCUCUUCUCCCGCUCCCACCCCUCCUCCUCCACGCCCUCCCUCUCCCUCCUUCCCUUCUCCCUUUCCGGCCUCUCCACCGUGCUCCGCAGCGGUGCCUUCGACCCUGCUCUUCUCUGCUCCUCCCUCGCCUCCUCCAGCCGGAAAGGCCAGGCCUUGACCCUCCCCACCCUCGAGCUCAAGGUCGCCCUCGAGGCCCUCCGUAUGACCCUCGCCGCUGUCUACGAGUCCCGCCUCGCCACCUUCGCCUACGGCGGCCGCGCCGCGAUAGGCCGCCACACCGCCAUCCGCUACAUCAAGUCCACCGUCCGCAACCCCACCUGGUGGUUCCGCGUCACCCUUCAGCGCGAGCCCUGGACCCGCCACGUGCGCCGUCUCGCCGCCGUCAUGGAGGAGAAGAUCGACGAUCCGGCCCUCAUCGCCCUCGUCGAGCGGCUCUUCGAAUCGGUGGCCGUAGCGAUCGAGCUCGGUGGAGUUGGGCUGAGGAGAGGGUUCCCCCAAGAGAGCGAUCUCAGCUCGAUUCUCAUCAAUAUCUACUUCGAUGCCGUCGAUCGCGAGAUCCAGGAGCUUCGAGCCGAUGUCCAUAAGAAGAAUCCCAGGCUCCGUGAUCUCGAGGGCGAGAACUAUCGGGUUAUUCAUACGCCUAUUAGGGUUUAUGCCGUUAGGUACUUGGACGAGAUACUGGUGAUCACUUCUGGCUCCAAAUUGUUCACCAUGAACAUAAAAGAUAGGAUUUUGAAGCACUUGGAGGGCGAAUUGGAGGUUAAAAUUGAUAAAUUGAAAACCUCCAUCCAUAGCGCUGUCUCUGAGAAGAUGGAUUUCAUGGGAAUGGAACUUCAGGCUGUCCCUCCUUCAGUUCUGGACCCUCCCAUGUCAGAGAAGGCCAUUCGGGCAAUGAAGAAGUACCUAAAGAGGAAGGCGGCAAAGGCAUUGGAGUUGAAGAAUGCCCGUGAGACUCGAAGGAAGAAGCUUGGAUUGAAGAUAUUGAAUCAUUUGUUCAAGAAGCUUAAGCGUGGCCAUGUGUUUGAAUUUGAUUUCCGGAUUGAGAGCGAGGUUAGAGAGGUGUUUAGGAAUUGGGCAGAGGAGGUGAUGGCAGAAUACUUCAGGUCUAGAGAGGACCGCCGGAAUUGGCACCGGAUGCUCACAACUGGAGACUUUUUAUCUUUGAAGAGGGUGAGGGAUCAGUUGCCAACAGAGCUGGUAGAUUCAUACGAUCAGUUUCAGGCAAAGGUCGAUAAAUAUCUAAAUCCCGUUAGAAUUAGUAAGGUCAUAGAGAAAAAGGAGAGACAAGAGGAAGAAAAAGAAGAGAGGAGUUAUGCUAGGAGGACAGUGGAGGAUUUAACUGAGUUGAAGAUGAGAGUCAAUGCACCUAUACAACUUGUAAGGAGGGCAGUGAAAUUGGCUGGAUUUACUAAUUCUAUGGGACGACCACGGCCAAUCAAAUUGCUCAUUUGUUUAGAUGAUGCUGAUAUUAUCAAAUGGUAUGCUGGUGUGGGAAGGAGAUGGUUGGAGUAUUUCUGUUGCUGUUGGAACUUUAAAAUGGUAAAGACUGUUGUCAAUUACCACUUGAGGUUCUCUUGUUUCUUGACGCUGGCAGAGAAGCAUGAAUCCACUAAACACCAAGCCAUUAGACAUUACACCAAGGAUCUGAAAGUUACCGAUGACGGUGGUGUGGAAGAAGUCCACUUUCCUACUGAGAGGGAGAUAAGGAUGAUGGGGGACAAGAAUCUCUCUGAUCCAAAGCCUGUGGAUGGCGCAUUAUCUAUGAUUUUGGCUAGACUAGCAGUCAAUGAACCUGCUUGCUCCUGCCUAGCCCAUUUCUGUGAUAGGAAGGAUACUGUUCUCUAUAGAAUACGUUUGCUUCAGAACCGUUUGCAUGUAGAUCCCUGGAAUGAGAACAAGUGGGUACCAGGGAUGGGUGCUAUUCAUGAAAGCCUUAAUAAGAAGGUUCUUUCACUCUGUCCAGAACAUGCAAGCGAUUUGUUCAUGGGCAGGAUUACACUCCAAGACAUUGACUGUACCUCAUUUGUGAAUGUCUAGUAAAUUGCACAAGUAGUGUGCAAAUCAAUUGCAUUGAAGAUAUGGUUCUGAAUAUGGUGAAACUGCUGGAGGUCAUCACUAGGCAAAUGUUCACACAAGCUCUCCAUGUUGCUUUGCCAAUGUGGUGUUGCUAACUCUUCCUUUGCUCAGGUAAGAGAGAUUUGACUGAAAGUUUCAUAUUUUGAAAUGAAGUAUUGAUUGAUGGUAGUAUCAUUUUCAUUUAUUGGGUACUGAAAAUGGAAGCUAUUCAAGGAGCUCCAAGUGAAGGAUCAAAAGUUUCUGUGCUAACAGGGCAUGGACUAGCAUCAAAUAUGUGACUUUAGUUAAAUAACAUCCUGUUUAAGUUUUUAUUUUCUUAAUGGCUUGGUCCUUUUGUUUUUCAAUAUUUAUUUACUAGGUUCUUGUUCUUUACUAAAGAAAAAGGUGCAUACAAUAUGCUAUUUCAGUAUUACUGCUAGGUCACUUCUGCUUUUAGAAAUGCACAAUUCUGGUAUUGGAAGGUAUGCACUUUAAUUCUUCUUUAUUUUUCACCAGGAGCAAUAUUCUCUUGUAGUCCUUGUUUGCUUGCAGCAUUUUUAUGUAUUUUCAAAAAUAGAUAAUUUACUGUAGACAUUUAUUCAGUGAAUUAGCAAUCAUAUCAUCAAUAGCUAUCAAUUCUGAACCAGAUCCAUAUUUUUGAGAAUGAAUCUGCAAAUUUUAUAUCAUAAGGAUGCAAGUUUCUUGAAGAUUGGGUAACUCUUCUUUUCCACUUAUUGAAUCAUGAUAAAACUUAGUACUGCAUUGUUUAAGGACCAUCACUGAUAUUUUUUAAUGAUGCAGUCAGAAAUGGAAUGUCUACUGACUUCUUUGUCCUCUAGGGAAUUAGCAUAGCACUAGAAAAUGCAAAAAUGUCCUUUUGUUCUAUUACUAGUUUUAUUCCCUCCUACUGUCCUUGAUGUUGAUGUGAGCUUGCAUUUGGCUUAGUUGGCUUGUUCAGCACAAAGGGAUUAAGUCAUAAGACUCUGUUUGCUGUAACGUUUAUAUAUUUGAGCAGUACUAAACAAUAUAGCAAUUGCUGGUUUUGUUGUACUAGAAAAACAAAGCAAAAUUCGGAAAUCUUGCAUCUUUCUGCAGAUAUAAUAAACUAGUGUUCCAAUCUGUCAUGGAAAAGUCUUCUAUUUCACAUUUGAAUAUACCCAAGUAUAACAAUAUGAAAAUCUUCUAUAUUGUAGCAUGUGCAACAAAAUUCAAAGCUAGUGAAAUUGUUGAUUGCAGUUAAAUUGUCUAUGAAGCUGCCAAAAUUCUACCUGGGUUCAUACAUGUUGUGCUAUGCAACUGCAAUAUAGUAGUUCUAUUUCCUCUGGUAACGGCACAGUGGCCCUAUUUCACAUUUGCAUUUCUUGAGAAAACUCAUUUGGACAACGAUAGGUUAUAAUAACAAUCUGCACUUUAGAGUAUAUAGAAAAAAUGAGAUCACAAUUUUUUUCCUCAUGGAGCCAUGUUCCCACAAAUAUCAUGCACUUUAUUUAUUAAAGAAUUAAUAAACUGAUCUGGAGCUUAUACCUAGACUAGUGUGUCAUUAGGGUAUGUUUGUCUUUGCUUUUAUUUCUUGUUUUCUCUUUUUAAAAACAAAAUUACAGAAACUGAGACAAAAAACAUGUUUAGUGUUAUUGUUUUUAUUUUCUAUUUUCAAAAGUCAUUUUUAAGUUUUUAAACAUCAGAAACUCAUGUUUUUUUACCACCACAACGAGCACUGCUUCUACCACUAUUGUCGUGGCCUUCUCCACUUUCACCAUUGUUGCUGCCGCUGCCACUCCACCAGUACCAUCGUCAUUGCUUCUGCUACAUUGUUGGCAUCUUCCCCAUCAGUAUCACCACUGCCGCUAUCAUUGUCGUCGUUGCCUCUGCUACACCACCAUUGCCAUCGCUGUCACCUCCUGCCCUUUGGCAUGUCAUUGAUGCCCUUGCCUCCAAUAUCAUUGCCAUCAAGGCCACCACUGCAGCUAUCAUUGCCAUCUCUAUUAUAUUGCUGCCAACCCGACCACUGACACCACUACAGCCUCCGUUGCCUUCUCUUCUACUACCACAGUCUCCUACCACCAUCACCAUGUUUGUUUUUAAAAUGAUUGAUUAGACCCAAUAUGUAUAUAUUUUUAAAAAUAAAAAAUAGAAACAGAAUUUCUAUUUUCUGAAAAUAGGAAAACAAUGAAAGUUAAGCCAAAUGACACCCCAGUCUCUGCAAAUUUUACUAUCUUAUUGGUCCAAAGAAAAAAAAAAAAAAACUUGAAACAGUCUUAUCUUUAGUUUGGUUAACUUGUCUAUGUUGGAAAAUUUAUAGCCAUAAUAGUGCACUCAAGUAUGGAUUGAGGUACCUGUCAGGGUAAAUAGAGCACAUCUAGGAAUUGAUAGGGUUUCUCACUUGUGCACUUACCCUCCCCUUCCGAUUUUGAGGAUUAGUUCUUAACCAUUUUUAUGACAUGAAGACUGGCUCAAAGCAAAAGAUAGUAGAUGAGAAGGUGAACAUGGUGAUUAAGGGAAUGAACUGAAGUGGAAACACACCCUGAUGGAAACCCAACUAGCUAAAGUGAUGCCUUAGUGACGCUUUGCAGGUUGGCUCCUUGACAAGCGUUGGUGUAGUACAAUGAAUCCACCAUCUGAGCAUUUGGGACAACAGACAGGUCCUGAUGUUUAUAUUGCUCUUGGGAUUUACUGUGGUUGAAUAUAUGUUUCUUGCCGGCCUCCAAAUGGUGCGAGGAGAGAGGCACAGAGCCACAGUGAUUCUAUGAGCAAGGAGUCAGGCCAAUAGCACUCAAGGUCUAUUUGGAAGGUAGUCAUCUUGUCAGCAGCCACCUGCGAAUUUGGAGAUGAUGAUGAUGUUGUGCAACCAUGGAUGGUGGAAUUGUGGUGUGUCUAAAUUAAUCAGCAGUUCUUGAUAUUUUAAAAAAUCUUGAGUCGGUCAUAUUCUUUUCAUUGUCCAAACAAUUCUUGGCAUUUUAUGGAGUAAUCAAGUUCUUUUUGCCUUUCUGGAGAUCAA